AGAGAUAUGUGUUCAAAAAAGGAGUGGGAUUUUUUCAUCUGGAUGCACAGAGUAGGGGUUUCUAUUCAAACAUGCAGGCUCUUUUCUUUAUCUGGGGCUUGCACCUUGAUUUUCAGGCUGUUCUUGGUUUGAAGAAGUUCCACCAAGGAUCCACCCUAACUGCCUGCCUGACUGGCUUCUGCCUUGCUCUUUUCUUACUACCUGUCUCUCUCUCUGGCAUCUUGGCUCCCUCUGAGACUGCUCCCAUCCUCCUCCUCUAGCCUUCUGGGCAGGACAGGUGUUUCAGUUUCUUAAGAGAAAUAUGAAACAGAGAAGCACCAUUUCUGCCUCAAGACGCAUGUAAGGAGGUAUAGAUUCAGGUUGGAGUGCAGUGGCGUGAUCACAGCUCUCUGCAGUCUCGCCCUCCUGGGCUCAAGCAAUCUUUCCCCACCCCCCAGUUUCCUGAGUAGCUGGGACUAUAGGCAUGUACCACCAUACCCGGAUGCUCUAAACGUCCCUGCCAUCUGGUCCAGAUGGAGUCCUCAGGCAACCCAGAGACCACUACCUUUUUUUACUAUGACCUUCAGAGCCAGCUGUGUGAGAACCAGGCCUGGGCCUUUGCUACCCUUGCCACCACCAUCCUGUACUGCCUAGUGUUUCUCCUCAGCCUAGUGGGCAACAGCCUGGUGCUGUGGGUCCUGGUGAAGUAUGAGAGCCUGGAGUCCCUCACCAACAUCUUCAUCCUCAACCUGUGCCUCUCAGACCUGGUGUUCGCCUGCUUGUUGCCUGUGUGGAUCUCCCCAUACCACUGGGGCUGGGUGCUGGGAGACUUCCUCUGCAAGCUCCUCAAUAUGAUCUUCUCCAUCAGCCUCUACAGCAGCAUCUUCUUCCUGACCAUCAUGACCAUCCACCGCUACCUGUCGGUAGUGAGCCCCCUCUCCACCCUGCGCGUCCCCACCCUCCGCUGCCGGGUGCUGGUGACCACGGCUGUGUGGGUAGCCAGCAUCCUGUCCUCCAUCCUCGACGCCGUCUUCCACAAGGUGCUUUCUUCAGGCUGUGAUUAUUCCGAACUCACGUGGUACCUCACCUCCGUCUACCAGCACAACCUCUUCUUCCUGCUCUCGCUGGGGAUUAUCCUGUUCUGCUACGUGGAGAUCCUCAGGACCCUGUUCCGCUCACGCUCCAAGCGGCGCCACCGCACAGUCAAGCUCAUCUUCGCCAUCGUGGUGGCCUACUUCCUCAGCUGGGGUCCCUACAACUUCACCCUGUUUCUGCAGACACUGUUUCACACCCAGAUCAUCCGGAGCUGCGAGGCCAAACAUCAGCUGGAAUACGCCCUGCUCAUCUGCCGCAACCUUGCCUUCUCCCACUGCUGCUUUAACCCGGUGCUCUAUGUCUUCGUGGGGGUCAAGUUCCGCACACACCUGAAACAUGUCCUCCGGCAGUUCUGGUUCUGCCGGCUGCAGGCGCCCAGCCCAGCCCCAAUCCCCCACUCCCCUGGUGCCUUCACCUAUGAGGGUGCCUCCUUCUACUGAGGGGCCUGUGGCGCUGCAGGAGCAGGUGGACAGGGGACUGGAAUCGGGGUCAUGGAGAAGUGGGCCUGGAAGGAGCACUGCAGAACACAUCAGGGUGGGGACGUCACCUCCGCUGCAGGCGUGCAGUGGAGAUGAUUCAUUACACCAGUGGGUCCUGCCAGCCUCUUAUCUGCGGGAAAGUGGCUUCCUACCUGGGAAUUUUAUACUGCCAUCCAGAAAAACAUUUCUUGAACUCUGAGUUCAUCUUGCACGCUCCUUCAUUUAGACGUGUGUUUCUAAUCAAUGCUUGGUUCAGAAGGUUCUAAGACAUGAAAGGAUUCUGGGAAAGGUGCUUCCUUGAAGACUUUACAGGGCCUAAAGCUCAAUGUGUGUGAUAACUGCAUGAUGCUGACAACACAGUGCCUCCCUUGCCUGACUGUAGGGUUGUCCCAACUGGUUUAUUCACUCUGGAGGCGCCUGGCUCUGUAUUCCUCAGGUACUGCUGGACGAGGCUGUCUGGAAGACAAAAGUCACCAUACCCUGAGAUAAGCAAGGUCAUGUUGAAAUCUGGAUUCUAAAAAUCCACAACUAGACUGGAGAAAUGUUCUGUAUCCUGGAUCCAAGUCCUAGUCCAUGAAUUGGCCCUUAAAAAUGUAGCUCAUAAAUAUUUGAUUGAAGGAAUGAAUAUAAUCAGUGCUGGAUUGAAGGAAUGAAUAUAAUCAGUGCUGCCUUCUGCACUAAGAUAAUACAAAGAUGAAUGAGAUACAGUUGCUACCCUCCAGGGACCAACAACCCAACCCCAAAGGCUCACCUACCUUGGUGAACACCCAACUUGGUGAAGGCAUCUAGGGUGGACUCCUCCAACAUCUCAUCCUUCCCAGGUGGAUAGUGAGCUGAUUUCAGACUUAUCACUUUGCACCUAAAGUGUCCUCCUCAUGUUUGGUGGAUGGUGCUAGCUUCCCCCCACCCACCCACACUCCAAACCUCAAGUCCUCUUGGAGGCCUGUAUUUUCUUUCUCUCAACUUCCACAGCCAGGUCCAAAGGACUAUGUCUGUCUAGUGGCUUUCAGAGUUGACUCAUUCUUGCUAUUGCACGCCCAUGGUUUCAUCCCUGAAACAGGGCCGCACUUCCUUGGCAUCUCCGCACUGCUCCUCUCUUUCCCCACCAGGCUGUCCUCUGCCCUUACGCCAGGUGCUUCAAAACCCUUAGUGAUUCCUCAUUACUUACAAAUAAAGUCCAUACACUUUAGCAAGGCUUUCAAGGCCUCCACAAUCCGAUGCCAGCCAACUUUUCCAUUCUUAUUUCACUCUAAGCCUCCUCCCCACAGCAGCUUGGGAUCCAGCCCCAAAACACCACUGGCCUUCUUCCAGACACCUAUCUCCCCAAUACCCUACCUCUAGGCAUUUGUCUUGCUGUCACCUGGGUCUGGAACAUGUUCUAGCUGACAGGCCAACUUCUCCAGGACACCCUCCCCAAUCUGCAAAUUAGGACACUCUCUGGGUUGUCAUGGGAUUCUGCUUGUCCCCUCUAAAAUAAAACAACUUUGUGUUGCAGUUAUACACAUGCAAUGUCUUAUCUCCCUGCCCCAUCAGGCUGCAAGCUGCUUGGGGACAGGAACCUGGUGUUGAACCCCAGUGUUCUAUCACUGUGUGCUCAGUGGGAGCAAAGAAUCAACAGCUGAUACUAUCCUUCAGAUUUAUGCUUCUUGGGGAGCCAUGCCCUGGGGCACACUUUACCUUCUUUGUCCCAGGAUGCUUCUCUAUAAAUAUUUACCUUUCUUUCCUAGUCAGCACUCUCAGAGAGUAGUAGAAAGAGAGUAGGGUGUAAUAGUAGAGAGAUUGCUUCUCUCUCUGUCUGGCGAUGGCUAUGCUUGGCCUUGCCUUCCAGUUCAUGGUACACAUGCCUGCCUCUCACACUGGCCCAUUGCUUCACACCCAAGGGCAUAAAUAUAAGUCCCACUCUAAACUGUGCCAUGCCACAAAGACGUGGGCCCAAUCUGUGAACCUGAUUCAGCUCUGGCGUGGGGAUUUGGAAAAGCUUCCCAUGUGAUUCUGACAUGCACCUCCUCCGUUAGGUACAUUUGGCUGCAAGUGUUUUUGUUUUGUUUUGUUUUGUUUGGGUUUUUUUUUUUUUUUUGAGACAGAGU